UAGUUCACUAUAUGGCUUUGAUGAAAAUUCAUUUUGGUUGAUGUGUCGUUUGUUUGAAGAGUACAAAGAUGUGAAUGAUGACAACACCCUUCCACAGCUCAUCUCUUUAUUUGCACCAUUUCCGAAUAAGGUGCCUCUCUCAGACAUUGAUAAUGAAGAGUAUUCAUUUCACUUCAGUUUCCUGAGUCAAUGUCAUCCAGACAAAGUCGCCGUUCCACAGCACAAAGAGGCUUAUCAAGAUCUUCGGCGAUGUGUACUCAACAGUCUUUGGGAGGCUGUAAGAAAGAAACGAAUAAGUUACACUUUGUAUUAUAAAUGUAUGGCGGACUUUGGAGACCAAAAGGACUUUAAUGAAUCUUUGAGGCUCACAAACAAUGAAGUCCAUGUGAACCCAAACUGGACAGAAGAGACACUGAAGACAAUCAGCAACUUUAUAAAAUGUUCCUCAAGUAAACCUGAUAUCCUACUGGAUGAUGAUGAUGAUAAUGACUGGUACAUAAGUGAAAGGGAAAGAUUUGUUCAGUUUUUGUCAGACUGUCUAGAUGGGAUAUCUUCUAUACGAAAUGUCUACAAACCUGAGCUGGUCCAUGGGGAACACUGGCUUAAAGCACUGGGAGGAGUGAAAUGCUGGUGUGCUGGUUCUCUUCUCUUCUGUUUCCAGUCAAGCCACUGGGAAGACUUCAUAAACCAGAAAACACCUGAUGGAAAGGUUUACUGUGCGCCCAGCUGGACAGGCAGAUGCUGGAUUGACUGAAUGCAAACAGC